UCUAUCAAUGGCUGGCUUCUUUGCCGGAGUGACGGAGGCGAUUUUUGUGAAUCCGUUCGAAGUGGUGAAAGUAACGAUGCAAACCAAUCACCAGAAAGCUGUCAUUGCUCCGAGCACCUUCCAAGUUUGCAAGCAAAUUGUCAACACCGAUGGACUUGGAGGACGAGGUUUGUACAGAGGUUUAACGGCUACUGUACUGAGAAAUGGCGUGUUCAAUUCGGUCUACUUCGGAUUUUUCUACACAAUACAAUACUUGCCAAAACUUGAGGAUCCAGUCCACGAGUUUAUGAGGAGAGUCUCUCUAGGAUUCACGGCUGGCGUUUUUGGGUCGUUGGCCAAUAUACCUUUCGAUGUUGCCAAGAGUCGAAUUCAGGGUCCUCAGCCUGCUAAAGGAGAAAUCAAGUACAAAUCCUGCUUCAAAACUAUGCACAUCAUCUACACGGAAGAAGGGUUCCGAGCGCUUUACAAAGGUUUAGUACCAAAGGUAAUGAGACUGGGGCCUGGUGGAGCCAUACUUCUCAUUUGCUACGAACAGGUGAAAGAGUUCCUCACUGAAAAACUCGAAUGAAAAAUUAGUAACUAACUAAUAAGUAGAAUAAUUUAAGUGUUGUUAUAUAUUCGUAUAAUUUGUAUAAUGUUAAUGACUGUUGAAAGAUUAGAAUAACUUGUACCUGAAAGCCAUAAAAACGCCAAAUUUUAUUGACUACAGUAUUGAAAGUUUUUCCUAAAAUUGUUCACCAAAAAUGAGCUUAUAAACAAAUCUAGUAUUUUAAAUCUUGAACAAAUUCUCAACAGUUGAUGAGUUCGUAGUGUUUAAUUCUACAGGUGAUGGAUAUAUUUAUAAUUAGCUAAUUCACCACACUUCUAAGACUGAUUGUAAUGAAAUAUUAUGUUGAUUGAAAAGUAUUUUAUUAUUCGAAAAAACUGUGAAUCGAAAAUUGUGCCUUAUAAAAGAAUAUUGUACAAGUAAACAGCACAAAUUUUUGUAGACUGUUGUGAUACAUACUAUUUUAAAUAAACAUGUUUCAAGAAA